CGUUUAUUUCUUUAUUUCUUUUAUUGUAUCUCCUAAAGUUAUUCGUUUUAAAAAAUUGAAUUAAAAAAUGCCUCACCCAUUCACUGUAAUCACCGAGCAGUCGCUAAAGAGCCAACUGUCUGAGCAAGAACGACAGGCGCUCCAAUCUGCGCGCACCCGCUUCCGCAUCUACAGUAUCCUUGGUGGGCUUGGCGGCUCCGCUCUCGGCUUCUACCUCUCCCGGCGCAACAAAUCCCUCGCCAUGCGCGGCCUAAUGAUAUUUUUUAACGGCGCCUUCUUCUCCAGCAUAACCUCGGGUUACUCCUCCAUAACCAGCCUCCGAGAGCUCUCCGAUCCCACAAAAUACCCGCAUAUUACCGCGGCAAUGAAGGACGUAAGGAAUGAGAUUUUGCGCUCCAGGGGGGUGGACCCGGAACACCCAGAGUUGGGGCGCGUGGGGGUGGUACCGCAUAAGCCGGAUUUCAAACACUUGCCGCCGUCUACAGUCAAUGAUCAGGAGGAAAGGGCGGCUGGUUUUGGAUUUGGAGAUUCGAGGAAUGUCGCCCAGAACUCGCAGCACCAUGAGUUUGGAAACCCUGGGAUGCACGACUUUGGAAUAUCUGUGGAUUCCGUGGAUAAUGACCGCCAGUUGUCCACUUGGGACAAGAUUCGCAGGGAAAAGGGACAGCCCGAAGACACUUGGCAAAAGAUACGCAGACAAAACCCGCAGCAGCAGAAUCAGCAACAACCGCAAGAGAACGCCGCUAGACAGCUUGAGGAUGCAUGGAACCAGUUGAAUCAGAAUCCUAGGACUGGCGGGGUCUAUGGAAAUAAUGUUUUUUCAAGCAGCGAUGAUGCCUCAUAUGCGCCAGGCGCUCCAGCUUUGAACAGUGAAGACUUUCCGAGGUCGCGCGAGGACUUUGAGAACCAACAUGGAGCGUCAGGGGAUCGAUAUGGCAGUGGCGGCGCCUUCCCAGCAUAAUAAAAAUGUUUUUUUUAGCGUAAAUAGAUUAUUGUUUAGCUCAUUUCAUUUUGCUUUGUUUUGUUUUUAAUAAGUUUACUUUGUAUGCAAUAACCAGUGUUAUGUAAGAGGG